UGACUUAAAGGAGUUCCUUACAGCCAUUUUGAAUCUCGUCGCGUAAAUUUAGUGUUUCCGGAAAGAAGCAUUCGCAUACACCUCGGAUUUGUUUAUCCAAAAUGAUUCUCCUAGAGAUCAACAAUAGGAUUAUAGAGGACACUCUGAGAGCCAAGUUCAUGGGUGGGAAGUUUGAGUCUGUGGAUAUAACGGUGGCAGAUUUUGAUGGAGUGCAGUUUCAUAUUUCUAACCCAGAUGGUGAAAAAUCAAAGCUUAGGCUCAGCAUUUCUAUGAAAUUCUACUCUGAUUUACAGAAGUACGGAGCUGAUGAGCUGCUUAAAAAAGUAUAUGGAAGCUUCAUGACAACUCCUGAAGAGGCCUAUGAUGUUUCCCUGUUAGUUGACUUAGAGCAACUGCCAUCUGAUGAAAAGGAAAAAGAGGAACUUAUCCAGAAAUUUGCUCUGUUGAAAAGAAACUGUUUUGCUUCAGUUUUUGAGAAAUAUUUUGACUAUCAACAAGCUGGCUCUGGUGGGAAAACUCAUGCAGUCAUAAAUUACAGAGAAGAUGAGUCCAUGUAUGUCCAAGCAACAGAUGAUCGUGUAACUGUUGUCUUCAGUACUGUGUUUAAAGAUGAUGAUGAUGUGAUCAUUGGCAAGGUCUUCAUGCAGGAAUUCAAAGAGGGUCGUCGUGCAAGCCAAACAGCACCACAAGUCAUAUUCAGUCACAAAGAACCCCCACUGGAAUUGCAGGGAACUGGUGCCAAGACAGGCGAUAACAUUGGAUAUAUCACGUUUGUUCUUGAACCACGUCACACAAAGCCUGAUGCUCGAGACGGCACCAUCGAUCUUAUUCACACCUUCAGGAAUUACUUGCAUUAUCACAUCAAAUGCUCCAAGGCUUACCUUCACUCGAGAAUGAGAGCCAGAACAGCAGAAUUCAUCAAAGUGCUCAACAGAGCAAAGCCGGAACCAAAAGCAACAGAGAAGAAAACAAUGAAGACAGUGACGGGCAAGACAUUUGCUCGUCAGUAAGGAUCAAUUUCCCGUCGGUUUCAACCGCACGACCUAAUACAGUAGCUAAACUCAACGGACUGAUUUGUACGAAAAGAAACAAAGUUUAAUCUUGCAUCUUGAAUCUUAUGUUUUCUAAUACAUUUUAUAGGUAAAAUUACGAGAAGUUCUUGAAGUAAUGUUACAUUCGGUAGUUUGGUCGCUCUGUUUGAAGUAAAACGCCAUUUAGUCAUCUAUCUUGCCUUGAUUUUAAAUAGUAUUUAUCCGUCGCAGAGCAAUCUCCCUGUUGACUUGUUGCAGAAAUUUUCAGCCUAGGCUCAAAAGCAAUUUGAAAUUGCAUUAGUUUUGCUAUACUUCGCACCACUUUAGGGCCCAAACGCAUGAGUUCCCAUUAUUCUUUUCUACAAUAAGUAGCUCCUAAACUAAGACAAUCUCGCGAUUAAGAAUUUCAACAUUUACUCUUUUAAUUUUCUACAAAAGAGCUACAAAAUGUUCUUUCCUACAAAUUAUCCAAGAUGUUAGUAACUGGGAGUUUCUACAAAAAAUAAUAAAUAGUUUUGUGCAAAAUGACAAAUUCAAAUUCUUAGAUCGAUAAAUAAAGUUCCUAGCAAUGUA